CACAUUCUCCACAGGAUAACCCUUGAGAUUAUGACCCUGCAGCCCAAGUGUGAGGAUGUAGAGACAGCGGAGGGUGUAGCUAUUACUGUCACUGGGGUGGCACAGGUAAAGCACUUACGUACUGUACCACACCUACCUUCUGAGAAUAGACUGGAAUGCCUUUUUCAGCUCAAGGCGGGUUGGUUCAGGCUCCAUCCUCUGCCUCCCCUGCACACAUCUUUACAUUUUAGUAAUUUAGAAGGAGUUCUUAUCCAGUGCGAUUUACUGGAGAAAUUAGGAUUGAGUGUCUUGCUCGAGCACAUCUACAGAUUUUUCACCUAGUCUGCUCGGGGAUUUGAACCAGCGACCUUUCGGUUACUGGCCUAACUCUUAACCGCUAGGCUACCUGCCGCCCCCAACGGGGAUUGGUGCCAUAGCCGUGACUGAGGGUCAAUCAUUCUCCUGAUAGAAGUUACGACAGAAGAAUUGCCUCCAUCAAUUAUUAACAUUUCAUUAUUAUAAAUGAACUGUAAUAUCCAUGGUUGCAAACUUGUGGAAAUGUAUUGUACAUGUUGUCUAUUCAUUGUGUGUGUAUAUAUGUGUGUGUUUUAUAUAUAUAUAUAUAUAUAUAUAUAUACUACCGUUCAAAAGUUUGGGCUCACUUACAAAUGUCCUUGUUUUCCAUGAAAGUAUACAUUAAAUGAGUUUGAAUAGGAAAUAUAGCAAAAUGCAUAGGAAAUGUAGUCAUUGACAAGGUUAGAAAUAAUGAUUUUUUAUAGAAAUAAUAAUUGUGUCCUUCAAACUUUGCUUUCGUCAAAGAAUCCUCCAUUUGGAGCAAUUACAGCCUUGCAGACCUUUUGGCAUUUUAUUUGUCAAUUUGUUGAGGUAAUCUGAAGAGAUUUCACCCCAUGCUUCCUGAAGCACCUCUCACAAGUUGGAUUGGCUUGAUGGGCACUUCUUACGUACCAUACGGUCAAGCUGCUCCCACGCUGCUCAAUAGGGUUGAGAUCCGGUGACUGUGCUGGCCCCUCCAUUAUAGACAGAAUACCAGCUGACUGCUUCUUCCCUAAAUAGUUCUUGCAUAGUUUGGAGCUGUGCUUUGGGUCAUUGUCCUGUUGUAGGAGGAAAUUGGCUCCAAUCAAGCGCCGUCCACAGGGUAUGGCAUGGCGUUGAUAGCCUUCCUUCUUCAAGAUCCCUUUUACCCUGUACAAAUCUCCCACUUUACAUUUACAUUUACAUUUUAGUCAUUUAGCAGACGCUCUUAUCCAGAGCGACUAAACACCCCCAGACCAUCACAUUGCCUCCACCAUGCUUGACAGAUGGCAUCAAGCACUCCUCCAGCAUCUUUUCAUUUGGUCUGCAUCUCACAAAUGAUGUUCUUUGUGAUCUGAACACCUCAAACUUCGAUUUGUCUGUCCAUAACACUUCCUCUGUCCAGUGUCUGUGUUCUUUUGCCCAUCUUAAUAUUUUAUUUUUAUUGGCCAGUCUGAGAUAUGGCAUUUUCUUUGCAACUCUGCCUAGAAGGUCGGCAUCCCAGAGUCGCCUCUUCGCUGUUGAUGUUGAGACUGGUGUUUUGCGGGUACUAUUUAAUGAAGCUGCCAGCUGAGGACCUGUGAGGCGCCUGUUUCUCAAACUAGACACUCUAAUGAAUUUGUCCUCUUGCUCAGUUGUGCACCGGGGCCUCCCACUCCUCUUUCUAUUCUGGUUAGAGCCAGUUUGCGCUGUUCUGUGAAGGGAGUAGUACACAGCGUUGUACGAGAUCUUCAGUUUCUUGGCAAUUUCUCGCAUGGAAUAGCCUUCAUUUCUCAGAACAAGAAUAGACUGACGAGUUUCAGAAGAAAGUUAUUUGUUUCUAGCCAUUUUGAGCCUGUAAUCGAACCCACAAUUGCUGAUGCUCCAGAUACUCAACUAGUCUCAAGAAGGCCAGUUUUAUUGCUUCUUUAAUCAACAUAACAGUUUUCAGCUGUGCUAACAUAAUUGCAAAAGGGUUUUCUAAUGAUCAAUUAGCCUUUUAAAAUGAUAAACUUGGAUUAGCAAACACAACAUGCCAUUGGAACACAGGACUGAUGGUUGCUGAUAAUGGGCCUAUGUAGAUAUAUCAUUAAAAAUCAGCCGUUUCCAGCUACAAUAGCCAUUUACAACAUUAACAAUGUCUACACUGUAUUUCUGAUCAAUUUUAUGUUCUUUUAUUGGACAAAAAAAUUGCUUUUCAUUUGAAAACAAGGACAUUUCUAAGUGACCCCAAACUUUUGAAGUAUGUAUGUAAAUCACUGACUAUACAAGUAGAGAUAUGUCAAGUCAACAACAUUUUCCAAAAUGAUGUAUGGUUCUUCGUUGCAAGGGUUCAGUUAUUUCAGACCUCUUUACUUUACACUAAACAAGAAAGCCUGUGUAAACUGAGAUGGUGGAAUCUAAGAAAUGUUUGUGUCCGUGGUCAAGUGUAAUGGAGUGAACACCAUAGAGCGUGUAGUAGAUAUGUAAUUUUGCAAACAGGGUUUGUUACAGAUUUGUUUUUGUUUUUAUCAUCUCCUUGCUGCAAAUGAUUUGGGCCAUGUAUAUUACUAAUGAUAAACUGGGUGGUUCGAGCCCUGAAUGCUGAUGGCUGACAGCUGUGGUAUAUCAGACCGUAUACCACGGGUAUGAAAAAACGUAAUUACGUUGGUAACCAGUUUAUAAUAGCAAAAAGGCACCUCGGGUGUUUGUGAUAUAUGGCCAAUGUACCACGGCUAAGAGCUGUGUCCAGGCACUCUGCAUUGCGUCGUGCAUAAGAACAGCCCUUAGCCGUUGUAUAUUGGCCAUAUACCACACUUUCUCGGGCCUUAUUGCUUAAAUAUACCCUAUAUAUUGCUCAAGCAGGAAUUAUAGUGAUGAAUCUAAUGUCCAUGAAGAUCAGGUGGAACUAGCUGUUGGUGGAGAAUUAUUGACCCUCGUAUCAAGGCAGAGACAGUCCAGACACUGCUUGUACAUUUCUGCCUUGGAGCCUUCCUUGAAAGGGGUACAAGGGAGCUGAAUACAGUCUGACAUGUUUCUUUUGCAUCCUAACAUUUACAUUCCUUUGUGUUUACACUAAUUUCCUUUUUGUAUUGUAACCUUUUCUCUGUGCCAAAAUCCUCAUUUAAUUUUGUUUACCCCCCCCUAGUGUCAAUCUGCAGUGAAAGUCUGAUUUAACAGUAGUUUUCAAAUGUAGUUAUGUAACUAGCAAAUGUUAACUCAAUGUGAGUAUGCAAGUUCAAGUUUCCCUGCAAUUUACUUUAGAUUUUAUUUAUUAAUUCUCACUGGAAAUGUUUGUCUUAUUUAUGACUAAUCUAGUAUAUAAUGUGUAAUUUAUUACAACCAAUUAGAUUACUUAUAAACCAGUACAAGUUGUGUGAUGUUCCCUUUUUUUUUAGUUUCAUAGUCUGUCCAGUGGGCAUGACUACAAUGUGCCAACUAUCACUGAUGAAGAGGAAGCUUUAACGCUGCACUUCCCUAAUGAGGUCCAUCAUCAGGUCUAUCUGAUUGGAUGAGCCUAAACAAGCCUCCUGUCCUGGUUUCUAGGGUAACAGGAGUUAUGUGGCAACUGAAGUUUACAGUCUGUCCCUGCUCAAAGUAAUGGGAUUGGCUCAGUGCAGAUUUGGAUAGUGGAUAUACCCACCUUCCUUUGACCUUUAACACACCCAUAGGAUGUCUCAUAUUUCUCAUAUUACCUUUUACUACAAUAUUGAGAGCUCUAAACUGGUGUUCACAUGUUUGUGAAACUGGAAGAGUGAGUUCUGUCUCUUGGCAACCUAAGUGGGCGGCUUCCAUUUGAACCAGAUAAAAGGGCCCUCCCACAUAAAACAUUAAAACACAACGAAAGUAGUUUCCCACUUAAUGUGAAAGUAGGUCGUUUCAAUAAGCACUGCAGUCAGGAAACAGAUUUGUAUUAUUUCUAAUCAUCAGGCUCAUAUUUCAUGUGUUUGUGGUUUUUCUUUGUGUUUUGCUUUCCAUGGUACUCUGCCCACCCUUUCAGAGCAUGCUGGAGGAACCGUGGUGUUAGCGGGGGGGGUUGAGGUGUAAGGGUAGCGGAGGGCACAUUUGCACGGGUCCUCAUCUCUGUGCUUACCUUCCCUUGGCACAGCUCCCCCUGCUGUCUUUCAGGUGGCCUGUUGAUUGGUUGUCUGUAUGCCUGUCUGUCUGUCUGUGGUUGUUUUAUAAUCAGUGUUAUCAUGGAAUGAUUGCCAUCUCCCCUCCCAUUAUACUGUAAUUCCUCUCAGCCGAUUUCUGAGUGCAUGUCUCAUUGGGGUCUAUGUCCAGUCACAUCUCUCGCCUCAGGGACCAGCUCACUCUCUUUCCUUUCAGCUGCAGCGGACAACACAACCGCCAUUGAUUCAAAGAUUGGUUGAAUAGGGCCAAUCUGAGGAUAUCUUAUCUCAUCUGGUGACUUGGUUUAUCCUCAACUUUAGCACGUCUGUUGUUUUUAUUGGUAAACCUGAAAAGAAAAUAAGGGAGUGAUGUCCCCACAUAGCCUCUUCAUAACAGGACUGUCUCACUCAGUCCUCAUGAAGACCAGGGUGGAAUCAAGUAUUUUCCUUCGAUUCCUCACAUCCUCUCUCUUUGCCUCCUUGUCAAAACAUCAGAGGGAAGCAAAGAGCAUUGGAGGAGAUCUUCUACUCUGAUUUUCUCCUCCAAUGUUCGCGUCCUCAUAUGUUUUGAGAAGGAGGCGAGCAGAGAGGAAUCGAAGAAAAUACUUUUGAGAUUCACCCCAGAUCAGUGUUUUGUGCAGGACAACAUUCCCACAACAUGAGUAAUGACUCCAGUCCUCAGUAUGAAUAGAUGUUUCUGAGUGGAGUUUGGCCUUGAGGAGAGUAAGAGAGCAAACUGUUGCCUGAUCUAAGAGCAAGAAAAAUAAGUCACUAAGAGUAAGAGAUCUAGGGUAAUCAUCAAGGCAGGGUUGUCUUACUAAGGCCAGUCAUUUAGGUGUGGUUCUGUUUGGUAAUACUAUCAUAACAUGUUACAUGACCCUGGACGACAUGAUGCAUUGGUAGGGAGGUAGGUAAGGGGAUCGCAUAUGGAAGGGUUGUGUUUUACUCCUGCAGGCCUAUGUAGGGAGAAUUUAUAAAUGAGUGGUUAUAAUGAUGUGCUGUUUAGGAAUAGAACUACAGAGUAUGUAAAAUAAAAUAACUAAGUAUUAUCUGCAUACAUGGCAUUUUAAAGUAACUGUCCAGCAGCCAAAUGACUGCGGUUUCUGUAACAACCGUUCAAAUAGAAAAAAACAUUUUAAAAUAAAUAUUUACAUUUUAAAAACAUUUUCUCCUUUCCUCCGCUCCUGACUACAUUUGCUGCCAUAGAAUGAAUAGAAUGGCCAUCCCCAUUCAAGUCAAUGAUGGCAUAAUGGGUGGACUGGUGACCAUUGCGCGUGUACCCAUAGGAGCAAAGCAGGAAGUGUGCCCAUCAAUAUGUGCUGUGAUUUGUUGAUUCAACUCAACUGACAUGACAAAAAAUGCAGUCCAUUAAAUGAGCCACAUCAUUGGGACUAACAGCUGGUUGAAGACGGGAUGGCCGGGCAUUCAUGUGGUUGCGACCGUUUCUGCGAUAACAUGGACUAAACAACGUGAUGAAUUAACAUAAUUUGAAUGAACAUUCUACAUUACCAUGGAAAUUAUUGCACCACAAUACCAGGCAGCCAUUGCUGGUGUACCCAUGAGUUUACCAGUCAAAUUGCCUGGGUUAGAGGUUCCAAGGCCAUUCUAUUAAUCGUUUGCUACAACACCUUUCUCGUUUCAAAUCGAAUCACAUUUUAUUUGUCACAUACACGUGUUUAGCAGAUGUUAUUGCGGGUGUAGCGAAAUACUUGUGCAAGGGGCAACAAAGUUUUAUCACGUUGUUUAGAGUCCAUAUUAUCGCAGAAACGGUCGCAACCACAUUAAUGCCCGGCCGUCCCGUCUUCAAUCAGCUGUUAGUCCCAAUGUCAUAUAUAUAUAUAUAUAUAUAUAUACACACACACACACACACACACACACACACACACACACACAGUACCAGUCAAAAGUUUGGACUCACCUAUUCAUUCCAGGGUUUUUCUUUAUUUUUACUAUUUUCUACAUUGUAGAAUAAUAGUGAAGACAUCAAAACAAUGAAAUAACACAUAUGGAAUCAUGUAGUAACCAAAAAAGUGUUAAACAAAUCAAAAUAUAUUUUAGAUUCUUCAAAGUAGCCACCCUUUGCCUUGAUGACAGCUUUGCACACUCUUGGCAUUCAUGUCAAUUAACAGGUGUGCCUUGUUAAAAGUUAAUUUGUGGAAUUUAUUUCCUUAAUGCGUUUGAGCCAAUCAGUUGUGUUGUGACAAGGUAGGGGUGGUAUACAGAAGAUAGCCCUAUUUGGUAAAAGACCAAGUCCAUAUUAUGGCAAGAACAGCUCAAAUAAGCAAAGAGAAACGACAGUCCAUCAUUACUUUAAGACAUUUCAGGUCAGUCAAUCCAGAACAUUUCAAGAACUUUUAAAGUUUCUUCAAGUGCAGUUGCAAAAACCAUCAAGCGCUAUGAUGAAACUGGCUCUCAUGAGGACCGCCACAGGAAAGGAAGACCCAGAGUUACCUCUGCUGCAGAGGAUAAGUUCAUUACAGUUAACUGCACCUCAGAUUGCAGCCUAAAUAAAUGCUUCACAGAGUUCAAGUAACAGACACAUCUCAACAUCAACUGUUCAGAGGAGACUGCGUGACUCAGGCCUUCAUGGUUGAAUUGCUGCAAAGAAACGACUACUAAAGGACACCAAUAAGAAGGGACUUGCUUGGGCCAAGAAACACAGUGGAUAUCUGUCCUUUGGUCUGAUGAGUCCAAAUUUGAGAUUUUUGGUUCCAACCGCCAUGUCUUUGUGAGACGCCGAGUAGGUGAAUGGAUGAUCUCCACGUGUGGUUCCCACCAUGAAGCAUGGAGGAGGAGGAGUGAUGGUGUGGGGGUGCUUUGCUGGUGACACUGUCAGUGAUUUAUUUAGAAUUCAAGGCACACUUAACCAGCAUGGCUGCCACAGCAUUCUGCAGCGAUACGCCAUCCAAUCUGGUUUGCGGUUAGUGGGACUAUCAUUUUGUUUUUCAACAGGACAAUGACCAAAAACACACCUCCAGGCUGUGUAAGGGCUAUUUGACCAAGAAGGAGAGUGAUGGAGUGCUGCAUCAGAUGACCUGGCCUUCACAAUCACCCGACCUCAACCCAAUUGAGAGGGUUUGGGAUGAGUCUGAUGGCAGAGUGAAGGAAAAGCAGCCAACAAGUGCUCAGCAUAUGUGGGAACUCCUUCAAGAUUGUUGGAAAAGUAUUCCUCAUGAAGCUAGUUGAGAGAAUGCCAAGAGCAUGCAAAGCUGUCAUCAAGGCAAAGGGUGGCUACUUUGAAGAAUCUCAAAUGUAAAAUAAAUUUUUAUUUGUUUAACACAUUUUUGGUUACAACCAUAUGUGUUAUUUCAUAGUUUUGAUGUCUUCACUAUUAUUCUACAAUGUAGAAAAUAGUAAAAUAAAGAAAAACCCUUGAAUGAGUAGGUGUGUCCAAACUUUUGACUGGUACUGUGUAUAUGUGUGUGUGUAUAUACGUGCCAAUAGGAUCUCACUGUGCUAUAUAUAUAUAUAUAUAUAUAAAUAAUAUACUGCUCAAAAAAAUUAAGGGAACACUAAAAUAACACAUCCUAGAUCUGAAUGAAUGAAAUAAUCUUAUUAAAUACUUUUUUCUUUACAUAGUUGAAUGUGCUGACAACAAAAUCACAAAAAUGUAUCAAUGGAAAUCAAAUGUAUCAACCCAUGGAGGUCUGGAUUUGGAGUCACCCUCAAAAUUAAAGUGGAAAACCACACUACAGGCUGAUCCAACUUUGAUGUAAUGUCCUUAAAACAAGUCAAAAUGAGGCUCCACGUGCCUGUAUGACCUCCCUACAACGCCUGGGCAUGCUCCUGAUGAGGUGACGGAUGGUCUCCUGAGGGAUCUCCUCCCAGACCUGGACUAAAGCAUCCGCCAACUCCUGGACAGUCUGUGGUGCAACGUGGCGUUGGUGGAUGGAGCGAGACAUGAUGUCCCAGAUGUGCUCAAUUGGAUUCAGGUCUGGGGAACGGGCGGGCCAGUCCAUAGCAUCAAUGCCUUCCUCUUGCAGGAACUGCUGACACACUCCAGCCACAUGAGGUCUAGCAUUGUCUGGCAUUAGGAGGAACCCAGGGCCAACCUCACCAGCGUAUGGUCUCACAAGGGGUCUGAGGAUCUCAUCUCGGUACCUAAUGGCAGUCAGGCUACCUCUGGCGAGCACAUGAAGGGCUGUGCGACCCCCAAAGAAAUGCCACCCCACACCAUGACUGACCCACCGCCAAACCGGUCAUGCUGGAGGAUGUUGCAGGCAGCAGAACGUUCUCCACGGCGUCUCCAGACUCUGUCACGUCUGUCACAUGUGCUCAGUGUGAACCUGCUUUCAUCUGUGAAGAGCACAGGGCGCCAGUGGCGAAUUUGCCAAUCUUGGUGUUCUCUGGCAAAUGCCAAACGUCCUGCACGAUGUUGGGCUGUAAGCACAACCCCCACCUGUGGACGUCGGGCCCUCAUACCACCCUCAUGGAGUCUGUUUCUGACCGUUUGAGCAGACACAUGCACAUUUGUGGCCUGCUGGAGGUCAUUUUGCAGGGCUCUGGCAGUGCUCCUCCUGCUCCUCCUUGCACAAAGGCGGAGGUAGCGGUCCUGCUGCUGGGUUGUUGCCCUCCUACGGCCUCCUCCACGUCUCCUGAUGUACUGGCCUGUCUCCAGGUAGCGCCUCCAUGCUCUGGACACUACGCUGACAGACACAGCAAACCUUCUUGCCACAGCUCGCAUUGAUGUGCCAUCCUGGAUGAGCUGCACUACCUGAGCCACUUGUGUGGGUUGUAGACUCCGUCUCAUGCUACCACUAGAGUGAAAGCACCGCCAGCAUUCAAAAGUGACCAAAACAUCAGCCAGGAAGCAUAGGAACUGAGAAGUGGUCUGUGGUCACCACCUGAAAAACCAGUCCUUUAUUGGGGGUGUCUUGCUAAUUGCCUAUAAUUUCCACCUGUUGUCUAUUCCAUUUGCACAACAGCAUGUGAAAUGUAUUGUCAAUCAGUGUUGCUUCCUAAGUGGACAGUUUGAUUUCACAGAAGUGUGAUUGACUUGGAGUUACAUUGUGUUGUUUAAGUGUUCCCUUUAUUUUUUUGAGCAGUGUGUGUAUAUAUAUAUAUAUAUAUAUUAGUUUUUAACAGUUAUGACUAUUUUAUUUUCAUGAUAGUCUUCAUCCAUAACUGUCGGUUACAUGAUUAUAUCACAGAUAGAACAAUGAGCCAGAUAUUUCACCGGAUCUACAAAUGUAACGCAUCCGGUUAGUGUUUCCACUCACUACCAAAUAUGGUGAUGAGAGGAAACCCAGUGGGACAAGAUGGAGCGAGAUGGAUUUUUGCCGAGAUUCUGCAAAAUGUUCUCAUUGAUAAAACUUUUUGAUCUCCAUACAGUUUCCAAAACUAGAAUCUGUAACAGAGUGGUCUGCGUUUUGUAGACUACCCUUUGCCAAAGUUUUAAAAAAUGUAGUUGUUUAGAAGGAGUGCGGUGGCGAAUUGAGUUAUUGCAUACGUGCACUUCACAGAGCAGGUGUUCCCUAAUGGAAAUAUGCAAAUAAAUGCUAGAACGUGCCAAUAGGAUCUCACUGUGCUUUGGCCACAUGCGUAUAGGAUGAGUCAAUAACAUUAUUUGGAUAUGAGUUAACAGACUAUUAACUUUUAAAAGUGAGAUUUCCACUGGACAGUUACUUUUAAGAAAUAACCAAGAAUCACUUAAAACAGGGAUGGGCAACUUUGAUGGGGGUGGGGGCCACAAAAAUCUGAACUCAUCAUGAGGGCCCACAGUUUUAAAGUAAGUUUGCUUCCAUUUUAAAGUUGCCCAUCCCUGACUUAGAAUAACCACCAUAGUUAUGUCUCUGAAGUGCUAACCAGAUGAUGUUGCUCAGAUGAUGUUAGUGUAUUAACUAUCUAGCUAACAGCUGACAAUGUUGUCUAUUACCCUGGCUCCAGGUGAAGGUGAUGGUAGACAAUGAGCUGCUGGGCUAUGCCUGUGAACAGUUCCUGGGGAAAUCUGUGAUCGAGAUUAAGAGUGUCAUUCUGCAGACCCUGGAGGGUCAUCUACGUUCUAUCCUCGGUAGGGACCUUCUGACAGAGACAGGCUGCUGCUCAGUACUUUUGGGUCUCUGUGACUUUAUUACUAUUAGGUCAUGCUAUAGAACUUAAAACCAUUUUUGCAAGCUCUCUGGAAAUAAAAUGUAAUAUGCUUUAAUGCCAUAUAAUGUACUACUCAGACUCUUAGGCUCUGGUUUAAGUUUGAAGUCUCUGAUAUAGGAUACUAACAAUUUUAACAAUGUGUAACAGAUCUAAAGAAAUAACCAAUUCAGAUGAAUCCAUAUCAGAGCAUCUGUGGUUAGUGACCCACCCAGAUACUGACCCCAGGUCUGUGUUCCAGGUACUCUGACGGUAGAGCAGAUCUACCAGGACAGAGACAGGUUUGCUGCUCUGGUGCGUGAGGUGGCAGCGCCCGAUGUGGGCCGCAUGGGCAUCGAGAUCCUCAGCUUCACCAUCAAGGUAAUGGACAGGGGCACAGUCAGGUCCUGUUAGGGCACAGGUCUGGCCUUUUGAAAUGUAAACACUCUUAUUACAGCUUUAUACACUCUUAUUACAACAUAUGCCAACUUAUUACAGCUUUAUACACUCUUGUAGUUCUAGUAAUUUAUAGGGGUGUAACGACAGCUUUACACUCUUAUAGUGACACCACUAGCCACACAAUGAUCGAGUGCCUCUGUGUUUUGUCCCUGUCAGGAUGUGUAUGAUAAAGUGGAGUACCUGAGUUCCCUGGGGAAGAGUCAGACCGCUGCAGUACAGAGAGAUGCAGACAUCGGAGUUGCCGAGGCAGAGAGAGACGCGGGAAUCAGGGUAAGAAAUUAGAUUCCCUGAAUGCUUGCAGUACAUUGCAGCAUUCACUCUGAAUCUUCCCUGUCCUCCUCUUCUCACGUUGUUGUCUCUGCCCUCUACAGGAAGCAGAAUGUAAGAAAGAGAUGAUGGAUGUCAAGUUCCAAGCAGACACCAAGAUGGCCGAUUCGAAACGAGGGUUGGAGAUGCAGAAGGCUGCUUUCAAUCAAGAAGUCAACACGAAGGUAUCAGACAUGGCCAUCAUUUUACAUUUUAGUAAUUUAUAGGGGUGUAACGAUUCGUUUUAACAACGAUUCGAUUUGUAUCACGAUUCGUGGUUGUCGAUACGAUUCAAGGACGAUAUUGGUUCAUUUAGAACGAUACGAUCCGAAACGAUUCAGUGACUUGAAAUCGAUUCAGUAACCUUUUAGCCAAAAAUUCAACCAGUGUGACUGAAAUAAAUACCUGGAUACUGGACAGUGCAGGUGAAGUUUCCUAGAUUCCUGUUUCUUGUAAGGACCGCAAUGGUGGCAUGAUAAUUUCUCGCUCGUCGGCUUCUCCUCUGUCGUCCGCCAUGCUAUGUUUUGUUGUCUUUGCGCCUUUGCGCUGCUGCUGGCGCGGGGCGAUGACGUCACGGAUAGGCAGACUGAAUCGAGUAAUGUUUAAAGCCUUUAUCAUUAAAAGUGCUAAGAAAAAACAUCCAUAUAAAGUCUGACGUGCUUAAAUCCAAUGGAUUAUUUCCUAGUAUCGAUACAAUCGAUUUAUUACAUUUUAAAACGAUGUUAGAUUGAUAUAUGUUGUCCAAAAGGCCAACUCGCCGAGCACAGAUCGAUGUAGUUGGAUCAUAGGAAUAUAAAUCGAUACAUCGAUGUAAUAGAUGGAUCGUUACACCCCUAGUAAUUUAGCAGACGCUCUUAUCCAGAGCGACUUACAGUUAGUGAGUGCAUACAUUUUCAUACUUGCCCCCCGUGGGAAACGAACCCACAACCCUGGCGUUGCAAGCGCCAUGCUCUACCAACUGAGCUACAGGGGACUAUCAUUGCUCUAGAUUCGGUUCACCAUUAGCAGUUAAUCGAUGACGUCAAAUCUAGGCCUAAUGUGAAAGCCCCUUAUUAGAGAUUCACCCUGGUCAUAUUCAUUAGUGCACACCAAAGCAAACCGUUUUGCAACGGAUAAAGGACUACCUGCACAAGUUCAGGUAUUCCCUUUUCAUUUCAGCCCGUUUGAUUUCAUUUAAUUAUUGGUGAAUAUGACCUAUGCCUCUUCUCCCCCCAGAAAGCAGAGGCCCAGCUGGCCUACGAGCUGCAGGCUGCCAAGGAGCAGCAGAAGAUCCGUCUGGAGGAGAUAGAGAUCGAGGUGGUUCAGAGGAAGAAGCAGAUCACCAUUGAGGAGAAGGAGAUUGACCGCACGGAAAAGGAGCUCAUCGCCACGGUCAAGAGGCCGGCUGAAGCUGAGGCCUACAAGAUGCAGCAGCUGGCCGAGGGACAGAAGUGAGUGACCAAUCACUGAGCCGCUCCCAGAAUGCAUGGAAAAUAAGGACAAUGUGUAUGCUCGUUGGAAUUCUGGAUGCAAAGCAAGGUGUCAUACUAUAGGAAGUGAGUGAACCACCACUGAGCCUAGAGUGUCUGCCUUUCAAGUCAACAUAUGCAGCAUACUGGGUGUAAGUUACACUCAGGCACAGGUCUAGGAUCAGCUUAGCCUCUUCAAAAUCCUACCCAAAAUUCAAAAACCGAUCAGUGUCUAGGGGCAACUUCAUCUCACACUUACAGUAGUAGCUACUUGUAUGCUUCGGGUGUGUAGAAGCUUGUCAUGCUGUAGUUUAAUGCAAUCCAGUCUGCAAUCCAAUGAUGUUGUUAGAGUUUAGCCCUUCACGUGCCCUCCUACCAACCCCUGAACAGAAUGAAGAAGGUGCUGACGGCCCAGGCGGAGGCAGAGAAGAUCCGUCGUAUCGGUGAGGCAGAGGCUGGUUCCAUAGAGGCUAUAGGGAAGGCUGAGGCUGAGAAGAUGAGGCUGAAGGCUGAGGCCUACCAGCAUUAUGGAGAGGCUGCCAAGACUGCUCUGGUCCUGGAGGCCCUGCCUAAGGUCAGUGUGUCACGACAUGGGCAUUUAACGUUGUGUGGUAAGGAGAAGUUGUCACAGAGCUGCACACAAGCAUUUGAUAUAGUUUGUGUCUACAAUAUAUCAAUGUUAUUUUUUUUUUAUUGCAACUUACCAUUUUAUUUGGUUUAAACAUGACAACUAGAGGCUGUGUUAGAUGAGUUCUCUCUGAAGAACACCCAGGUGAAGAAGGUUUGUGUCAUUGUGUUGGUACAGAUCGCUGCCAAGGUGGCGGCACCCCUGGCCCGGACCAAUGAGAUCGUCAUCCUGAGCGGGGACGGUGGCCGUGUGACCGGCGAGGUGAACCGCCUAUUGGCUGAGCUCCCUGUGUCCGUCAACGCACUCACAGGGGUGGACCUGAUGAAGGUGAGAGAGGGGGAAGGGGUUCAGUAGAAUGGAGAGAGAGAGCCCAUACUCACAAGCACUGCAGGUGUGAACACAUUCCAUAAAUCGAGCAUUCGUUAGCUAUGUUUAUAACGCUGAAUCUAUAGUAUGCAUAAACAUUUGCACAUUUGUACACCAUAGAAAUAAAAUGUUGCUGUGAAGUCCAAGUGGAAUUGCAGUCAUUCCAGAACAUACUCCCUACAGAUCCCCACCAUGUUUAAUCUUUGACUAAACUGAGUCUGACUGUCACUCUCUGUGGCUGCGUCUCAAAUACCUCCCUAUGUAGUGCACUACUUUUGCAGUGGGCUGUGGUCAAAAGUAGUGCUCUAAAUAGGGAAUUGGGUGCCAUUUAGUACAGAGUUAUGUGCAGAUAUCCAGGCAAUGGCAAUGGGCUAACUAUUGUUGUUUGUCGCCAUUGUUCCAGUGAAGCCUGCAGCUAACCCAGUCUCUCUCUUAUCAUCUCACAGAUCCCUUUGCUUCAAAAGAUGAUCAACCCUCAAGCAUGAAAACAAUCCUGUACACCUUAACUCGAUACAUUUCUUUAUGCACUCUUUAAAUCAACUGCCUUCACCUACAAACUCUAGAAAACAAGUAGUUUCUUUUUUCUUUUCUUUUUUACUACAAAAGAGUCAAGCUGUUUUCAUUUUCCUAAACCCCUGGUGCCUUAGCUCUAUAGGGCCAGAUCAGCUGUAUGUACUACUGCUUUUUUGUUGUACUUUUUUUUUUUUUUUAAGUAGUUACCCCAUUCUGUUGUACUAACACUUGUCUACAUUGUAGAAAAGGGACAUUCAUCAUGAUUGUUCAGUGCAGGCCUUGUUCUGGUCUGAAAUGUUUGCCAGGUCUUCACCUUGUCUUCAUUGUUAUUAUUUUGUUUGUUGUGUUACAUAGUGCUUUGGAUGUGCCCAUGGUUUUGUAUAGUUACUGAAAGUAUUUCAGAUAUUUUGUCUCAAAUUGAACUUUUUUCAUUCUAAUGUGUAGUCUGUGCCUGUUUACGAUCCAAGUGGCCAAACCUCAGGAAAAGUAAUGGUUUGGCAAUUCUAUAGUGUAGUGAUACUAUGGUGAACCUCCAUCCACCAUCUCAAUGAGAGCUGUGGAAAUAUUGUCCUAUCCCAUCCUCAUGUCAUCUGCCUUGAGAGCAGAAACAUUGGCAUUCUAUCUUAUUCUUCACUAGAAUCUUUCAUUUCAUUCUUCAUCUUAGGAAUGGGAGAGGUGUGCAUUUUUAGGUAGACAAGACAUACAAGACAAAGAAAACAUAGACAUUAACACAUGUACAUGGAUCUACAAGUCUGUAUGAAGCCAUAUACUGUCAAAGUUAGCCUUAAUAUAGAGACCCAGGAGUCCUGCUAGCUUUCCUGAUCAUCUGGAUUACCUCAAUCAAUCUAAGCUUUAAUACUUGUUCUUUCCAACUAUUGAGACAUCAUAUGACGUGAUAUGCAUUUCAGUCUCUUAGGUUAGCCAAUGUUGUGUUAUAUCAUCUUAUGGUUACAUUCUGUUAAGUUACAUAUUAGUUUAUAAAGGAUUUAUCUCUACAGUUUACCAGACUCUUUACUUUCAGGAUUGUACAGGGUGGUGCUUACUUUUUUUCUAGGAAUGCAAUGCUGCCACGACCUGUUGACCAUCCAAUAAUCUAUCCGUUUUCUCCACAUUCCUUACCCAAUGUGCUUUAAACACAAUAAUACAUUUCAGUUUGUUUCGCCACACAUUUGAGUUGGACUGUCUUGUUGUGGAGUUCAUUUUAGGUUGGCUUCAUUUUAUGAAAAUACAUUUUAGCGUUUUAGGGGAAAUCUAACCUCUUUCUUAACCAUUGACCUCAAGUAUGGCAUAAUAUUUUCAAAUAUGGAUUUUUUUUUACAGUAACGUUAACCCACUGCCAACGGUGGUAUAUCUCUGGUCUGGGGGAGAAAUGUCAUUAUCUAAUUCCUACUGAUCACCAAAAUAAUACUUUAUUUGUUUUAUUAUAAUCUCCUCUUGUAAGAUUUACAUAGUAGACCAGACCGUAAAAUGUGAGUGAUAAACGGUGUGAUACAGUACUGUAAAUGUAGAAAGGAACCUGUAUUCUGUUUCAUGAAAUGGCUGGUUUGAAUUGUAUAAGGUCGGAAAUGUUGAAGUGUACUAUCUGGACAUACUGAUGUCUUUCCCUGGUCAAAUUGUGUUUUUGUUCAGCUGAAAAACACACAUUAUAUGUAAUUUUUUGGCACCUAAUUUUUGUGUCAACGCUCUUUCAAGAAUGUUGCAUGUAUUACUAUGAAUGAUGGUGUAAUUUCAGCAAGGUAGAAGCAGUUUUCAGAUCAGAAAAUCUACCUUUCGGAUCUAGAAUGUAGUUGGAAGACCAAACAUUGUAUGCCUUUAACAUGUAUCUUUAUCUAUAGAGUAUCUAUAAUGAAACAUUUUAAAUUGAUCACCCAUUAUUGAAAUGUAUCUAUUCAGACUCAAUAAAUGUGUUUGUGUGAAUUCGUCCAUUUUCUAGACUGUUACAUAAUACUGGAAAACUGGUCCAGCAUGGAUAUUUCAUCAUGUGAACAUCACACUCAUAUCCUCGAGUCACUCUGUGGCAAAGUAUUAUUAUGUGCUUCCCUGUAAAAAAAUGUCUGCCACCUCAUAGUUUCCUCAGUAUUCUUUCAGAGAAUCUAUUACAAGUGGCCUGUAACAUUAUCCUCGUCCCAUACUGUUAUGUACUGUAGCAGGUGUAGCCAACUCUUCUGGCAUGACAACGAUAGACACUAUCGGAUGGGGCUAAUGUUAUCAGUUAACAUCAGGAGUCUAAAUAUCAUUUUCUAUGUUUGAUAAGCCACUGUUCUUCUGCAUAUACAGGUACAUCUCACACAAAAUCUCACAUGAUUUACUUUUAUUUACGAUGUCCAGAGAAAGGGAGAACAUGUUAAAUAGUGACAUACUGAGUUCUAGUUCUGACAUGAUGGAUAUAUUAUUAGUUCCCCUUACUAAUUAUACAAAUCAAAUGUCAGGGCAAAAGAAUCCCCAGUUCCUUAUCCUAGCAAACCACUUGCCUAUCCUACAACUUAAAAAUAUGUACAUUUUAAACAACGUCUAACAUAGCAAAGAGAAAUGUGCUAUACAGUUAGCUUGGAAUGACUCUAUUGCAUUCAUUUGUCUCAACUCUACUUAGAGGUCGCCAAGUGGUGGGGCAAAAUGUGAAUGUCUACCUGACCUGUUGUGUUUACUGAACAAGAAAUCGCUUUACUUGUUACUCUGUUAAUCAAAAUACAAGUCAAGCAUAGGUGCCUUAUAGGGGUAUUCUAGAGAUGAGGAGGAGGGGACUUUAGCGUCCACAUGGCUAUCUCUUAGUGGCCCCACAGAGUCCAUCAAGCUGUUAUGGUGGUAGAGCAUCAUGCUGUGGAGUGGCAUGUACUCUGGCCCAUGGUCAGGUAGUGGUGGGUAAGGCUGUGGUGGCCGGAGCUCCCUGUCCAGCCCCAGGCCUGGCUUCUCAUACUGGGCCUGGGGCUGGAGCAGCUUCCUGAGUGGAUCCCAGACCCUGCCCUGCAGUGGAUCCUGUUGAGGACGUCAGUGAGGGGCUGGGAGCUGCCGGACACCGAGAGAGGAUGGGCUGAUCUCCAGGCUACGCAGGGCGCUCUCAGGGAGGUGCAUCCUGCUGAGCUUGGGGGUCAGGGGUAGGGGGUAGUCGAACUCAGCCUGCUGGGGCUAUUUCUGGUGGGCCUGGUGGUGGUCUGCUGUGGGAGAGGUGAGGUGCUGGACCGCCAGGUCCUCUGUGGUGAGGUGGGUGAGGCCCCACUGGUCUGCUGCUCUGUGCCGGGGGCCUCCUGA